UGCACAACAUCACCGCCAACUGAACGGAGCAAAACUCGCUCACAAAGGAACUCAAAUCUCCCCGCGGCGCAGGCGGAUUCCGGUCGGACAACGCCUCAGUCCACCAUGGCAGGGAGCGCACGGGGUCCGGCUCGGCGGCGGUGACACGGUGCAGGGAGCGGUUGUAUUUUUAUUUAUUUUUCUUGAGGAGCCGACAGCGAAGAGAUCCGGUCCUGAGUUCAGGUUCCGUCGGCCGCACUUGUCAUGUCUGAACCGGAUUACCGCAACGUUAAACUUCCGCCCAUCUGAUUGGCUGACCUUCGGCUCGUGACGUUUGUUUCUGUUAUUUGUACAAACGACAAUAUUUUUUUUUUUUAAACUACCGCAACUUUUGCGUAAAAACAUGUUUUAAAUGUUAUAGUAGUAUUUUCAAAGGGCGUUUUUAGUAAUGUUUUGUUUUAAAUUCCUAUUCUAAAAAAAAUAAUAAUUUCCGCAUUCAUAUUGCAUUCAAGGACAAUCUGACCGUUGUAAUGUCAUACGCAGAGCACUCUUUUAUUAGAAGCUAAAAAAAAAUAAUAUGAAAGAGUAAAGGUUAAAAAACAUGACAAUGAAAUAUUCAUAUAUGAAUAUUUCAUUUAAUCCAAACACGUAACUUUAGGAGGGCAAAUGGUGUAGCGUUGACGAGGAGCCCUACACAAAAGUACAACGCAUAUUAUUCCCACACUCCCUAAAUGCAUCAUCGACCACAAGACCAAUAUGGCGACUCGCAUGGGGAUGGUCGCGAGAGCCGCCGCCGCUCUCACUGUGCUGAAGCCGCCGGUCCGCAGACGCUGCCCAUGGCCGAGGACAGGCGUCCUCCUCCCGCUGCGCUCCUCCUCCUCCUCUCACGGCGCCCGGAGCAGUUUGUACGAGCACGUCCGCGAAGGCUACAGCGACAAGCCCGAGCUGGACAUGAGGGCGGUGUGCGAGGAGACCGACAAAGUCAUCGCGAAUGUGGAGGGAAGGAAGGGCGAGCUGCGGGCGGACGACGUGCGGGCGAUCGUGUGUGUGUGGCAGGAGCUGCAGGCAGUGAGGGCAGAAAUCUCUGGGCUGGAGGAGCUGAAGAGAGACAUCAGUGACACAGUCCGAGCUGUCGUGAACAAGAAUGACAAGAAAGCUCUCGCCAACCUUCCGGAGUACACCCAGGCUCUUCACAGGGGCCGCGAGGUGCGCCGCAGACUCAACGAGCUCUACGCCAAAGAGACGGAGCUGGAUCAGCAGCACUAUGGCCUAGCGCUCAAAUUGCCCAACAGCUCACACCCUGACGUGCCUAUCGGGGAUGAGAGCCAGGCGAGGGUGGUGGAGCUGGUGGGACAGAAACCUGAGUUUGACUUCAAGCCCAGAGGCCACCUGGAGCUGGGGGAGGAGCUGGGUCUCGUCAGGCAGAGGCAUCUAGCUCACAUCUCAGGCCACAGGUCCUACUAUCUGAGGGGAGCAGGGGCCAGACUUCAGACAGCACUCCAAAACUUCGCCCUCGACACUCUGCAGCGACGGGGCUUCAUCCCCAUGGUUGUACCGGACAUGCUGAAGGGGGCCGUGUUUGAGGGUUGUGGGAUGCAGCCCAACGCCCACCGCUCUCAGGUCUACUCCCUGGACCCGGCCCGGUUCCCGGACCUCAGUCUGGCAGGGACUGGAGAGGUCGGGGUGGCAGGCUAUUUCAUGGAUCACGCAGUAAACUGGGCAGACCUGCCUGUCAGGACAGUGUGCAGCAGCACAUGCUACAGAGCUGAGACGGACACCGGCAGAGAGACGUGGGGGCUCUACAGAGUUCAUCACUUCAACAAGAUAGAGAUGUUUGGAGUAACAGCAGAUGAGACGGGAGAAGAGAGCGCUCAGCUGCUGGAGGAGUUUGUGUCUUUGCAGAAAGAGAUGUUUUCUGCACUGGAGUUGCACUACAGAGUGCUGGACAUGCCGACACAGGAACUGGGUCCUCCUGCGUACAGGAAGUACGACAUAGAGGCCUGGAUGCCAGGGAGGAACAGUUACGGAGAGAUUUCCAGUGGGUCAAAUUGCACCGACUACCAGAGCAGACGCCUCAACAUCCUCUAUGAGCGGGAGGACGGCAGCCUGCAGUACGCCCACACGGUGAAUGCUACGGCAUGUGCCAUCCCCCGAACCAUCAUCGCUAUCCUUGAGACUCAUCAGACCAAAGAGGGAACCGUGCAUGUCCCCCGAGCUCUGCAGCCUUAUUUGGGUCUAGAAGUGAUCGAGAAGCCGACGUACUCUGCGCUGAAAUACAUCGGACCCAACCAGCACAUUCGACCACCGAGACCCGCGCCGAAGACCAGAUGACACUACUGCGUGUGAAAGUGUUCUGAUGCCGGCCGUCAUCCACGAACACCCGAGGUGUCAGUCCAUGUCUUAAAUCCAUCAAGUGUGAAUUCAGCACACCAACGUUUUGGGACAUUGGAUCAGACCUGAACUAAGCAGUUUACUGUAAAUAUGUUAUGGAAUUGUGAAUAUGAGCCUGAAUGUGGGCAACAUGCACAUAAACACUGAAACACAGAAUGACAAUGGAGACAUUGUGACCCUGAGAGGAAUAUGUUGUGGGGGGGGGGGGUCUGCACAGUAGAAUAUUUGAAUGCCUCCCGGAGGUGAGAGAAAGUACAGGGCUGAUAAUAUCACUUAUACUACCAGCUGUUACAUGUGUAAAAGUAAUUAUGCAGCAGCUGGAGGAGGUGGUGAUGUCCACAAGGAAGUAAACACAUAUGACAAAAUAAUAAAUGUGACCCAAUAGAUUCUGAUGACCUCACAACCACCAAGACUGCUUCUUUUCACAAAAAAAAUCCCAAACUUAAUCACGUCUUUUUCAUUCCUUUCCAGUGUUUUUUAUUACAAAAAGGCUCUUUGUCCUAAGGCCUAUUGAAACGGAAGCAAAUAUUCAUUUAUUCAUUAUCCAUUUAAAGUUUGUGAGGACUUAGUUUUGAUGAUGAUUCCAGAGAAUACAUGCUUCAGGCACUUCUGCCGCAUUGGCUUCAUUUACCGAACCUGGUGACUACAUCCUUUUUUAUAUUAUACAGUCGAUGCCUCCACCUUUUUAUUUAUUGAACCUGACCAUGGAGGGACACUGCUGUGACAGGUAAUUAUAACUUUAUGUAUAUAUCACUGUACACGGUGCUUAUGUAUGGGGUGUGGUUGUUAGGGAGCAGUUGUUGCCACAGGUCAGUGCGGCUCCUCGCUGGUUGGUACAGAAAUAUACUCUGCAACAGAAUAAAUUUAUGGAAAGGUACAAACUGAACGUAUACAUUGUGAUACUUGAGAAUCAACGUGUAUGUGUUGUUUUUUCUUAAAUGUGCUGUAUCAUUUAAGUUGUUAAAUAUAUGUAUGUGAAAUGGU